CGAGGGCGGUAACGGUCGGUUGUCGGAACACAUUACCAUUGUGGCGGCGGGGCGACUUCCUAUCUUGGAAAUUCUUUACCUGCCUGAAACGAAGCUCGGACCGCUGUUUAUAGCUCCUCCCAAGCAGUAACUGUACCGUUGACCAAAGUGCUAAGAAUUUAAACAGGUGGACCGGUGCGAAGCAGUACAGGCACAUCUCGGCAACACGAACAGGAACAAUAGCCUGCCGGAUGUCUUCUUGUUUUGCCGCACAGACAUCAGCCAUGGCCAGGCUCUUCUGCAUAAUUUUGCUGGCUCUCUCUGCAGCUGCCAUCGAUCACCCCUCCAGUCCUCACGGCUGCACAGAGGGGAGCUGCUACCCGGCAACCGGGAACCUGCUGAUUGGCCGAGCCAUCAACCUGACGGCCACCUCCACCUGCGGGCUGCGUGGCCCUGAGCAGUACUGCAUAGUGAGCCACCUGCAGGAGUCCGAUAAGUGCUUUGAAUGUGACUCCCGAAGACCACAUGACCCCUACUACCACCGUAUCAGCCAUAGGGUAGAGAACGUCAUCACCCUUACAGACCGUAAUGACGACCUCACAUGGUGGCAGGCAGUCAAUGGAGAAGAACAUGUCAGCAUCAGACUCAACCUCGAGGCCGAGUUCCACUUCACUCACCUCAUCAUGAAAUUUAAGACCUUCAGACCGGCGGCCAUGUUGAUUGAGCGUUCGGCUGAUUUUGGCCGCUCCUGGAGGCCCUAUCGCUACUUCUCCUACAACUGCACCAGGACCUUCCCAGGAGUCCCCACUCACACCCUGCAGCUCAUCGACGACGUCAUCUGUGAGGAGCGCUACUCUGACAUAGAGCCUUCCACUGAGGGGGAGGUUAUUUAUAAAGUGCUUGACCCCUCCAUUCAUGUCAAGGACCCGUACAGCCUCGAAAUCCAAGAAAUGCUUCGCAUCACUAACCUGCGCAUCAACUUCACCAAGCUGCACACGCUGGGCGAUGACAUGCUGGACCGGCGGCCGGACGUGCUGCAGAAGUAUUACUAUUCUCUGUAUGAGCUGGUGGUCCGCGGCAGCUGCUUCUGUUAUGGGCAUGCGUCCGAGUGUGACCCCGUACCAGGAGUGGACAUCAGAGAGACUGGCAUGAUCCAUGGGCAAUGUGUGUGCAAACACAACACAGAGGGGCUUAACUGUGAGCGCUGCAGAGACUUCCAUAACGACCUGCCUUGGAGACCAGCAGAGCUCAACAACCCACACACCUGCAGGGAAUGCAGCUGUAAUGGCCACUCGCCCCAGUGCCACUUCGACAUGGCGGUGUAUCUGGCCACGGGGAACAUCAGUGGAGGCGUCUGUGACAACUGCCUGCACAACACCAUGGGCCGCAACUGUGAGAUGUGCAAACCCUUCUACUACAAGGAUCCUUCCAGAGACAUCAGGGAUCCAGCUGCCUGUGUCUCGUGUGACUGUGACCCAGUGGGCUCUGCGGACGGGGGGGUGUGUGACGGUCACACUGACCCAGAGCUGGGCAUGAUCGCUGGCCAGUGCCGCUGCAAGCCCAACGUCAGGGGCACCCGCUGUGACUACUGCAAGGAGGGGCACUACGGCCUGAGCCAGAACGACGUCCUGGGAUGCCAGCCCUGUAACUGUGAUCCUCGUGGGAUCACCAUGCUGGGAGUGCCUUGUGACAAGAUCAGUGGAGACUGCUCCUGCAAGCGCUACGUCACCGGACGCUACUGCAACCAGUGUCUGCCGGAGUACUGGGGCCUCAGUAAUGACAUGGCUGGCUGCAGGGCCUGUGGCUGUGACUUUGGUGGAGCCUACAGCAACAAGUGCAUAAUGGAUAAUGGUCAGUGUGACUGUCGCCCUCACCUGAUUGGUCGUCAGUGUGCCGACGUACAGCCUGGCUACUUCUGUGCCUCUCUGGACUACUAUAAGUACGAGGCUGAGUCUGCAGUCAAACACUCCGCAGACGACCCCACAUUGCCUGGAAAGCGCCGUCCCGACGCUGACACAGACUGUGUGGAGCAGCUGAACAACCAGUUGAGGCGCCGGCGCCACGACCGCCACCACCGCAUCGCCUCCGCUCACCAGAAGAGGGCCGCUCUGAGGCGACUCCGCCAGCUGCAGCAAACAUCAGACGAAAGGACUGUGUCUGGUUUUGCUCGGGUCAAAGAUGGUGCAGGCCUGGUCUUCACUGUCGACAACAUUCCCUAUGCGAUGGAAUAUGACAUCAUGAUCCGCUAUGUGCCUGAGUCUACUGAGGACUGGGAGGCCAUUGUUAGUCUCACCUCCGCUCACCUGGCCACUAGUCCCCGCUGUGGCAACCUGCUGCCCACUGAACAGAUGUACACAGUCACCAUGCCCCACAACAGCAGGCACGUCAUGAUGCCCCGUCCCUUCUGCUUCGAGCCCGAGAACCGCUACACCAUGGCCAUCCGCUUCCAGCGCCACAGAGUGACCCAUCACCACCUCACUGCAUCCAUCCUGAUUGACUCGCUGGUCCUGAUCCCCAAGUACGAGGAGCUCCCAGGGUUCAGUGGGAGCGACUCGUUGGCCGAGCACCGGCGUGAUGAGAUGUCGCGUUACAUGUGUGUGGAGUCCUUCCUGGCCACACCCAUGCCCCCACUGGCUGAGAUGUGCACCAAACUCAUCUGCAGCCUCUCGGCCAUCAUGCACAACGGCGCCCUGCCCUGUCACUGUGACCCUCAGGGUUCACUGGACAGUGAGUGUGAGCGGGUCGGAGGUCAGUGCCACUGUAAGCCCAACGUGAUUGGCCGGCGCUGUGACCAGUGUGCUCCAGGGACCUAUGGAUUUGGACCAUAUGGCUGCAUUGCUUGUGAAUGCCACCCCAGUGGCUCCCAGGGGCACCAGUGCGACCCCCACACCGGGCAGUGCCCGUGCACACAGGGGGCGAUGGGGCGGCAGUGCUCUGACUGCCAGCCCGGCCAGUGGGGCUUCCCCAGCUGCAGGCCCUGCCAGUGUAACGGGCACGCAGACACGUGCGACCCCGUCACAGGCGCCUGCCACCAGUGCAGAGACUACACCCACGGAUACCAGUGUGAAAGGUGCACGAACGGUUUCUACGGCAACCCGGUGCUGGGGUCAGGAGAGCACUGUCGGCCGUGCCCAUGCCCCGGCAACCCUGGCAGCGACCACUCCAACGGAGACUCCUGCUAUGCCGACCACGCCUCCAACCAGAUCAUCUGCAACUGCAUACAGGGCUACGCAGGCUCCCGCUGUGACCGCUGCGCCCCUGGUUACUACGGCGACCCUGAGCGCCCAGGAGGCGAGUGCCGCCUGUGUCAGUGCAGCGGCAACACCGACCCCCAGGACCCCGAUGCGUGUGACCCCCACACCGGCCAGUGCCUCAAGUGCCUGUACAACACCGACGGCUACUCCUGUUCCGAGUGCAAGCACGGUUACUACGGCAACGCCCUGGUACAGGACUGCAGGCGCUGCACGUGUGUGACCUCUGGCACACGUCCUGAGUACUGCGGUGACGGCCUGUGCCACUGUGACCGGCAGACGGGGGCCUGCCCGUGCCGACGCAACAUCGAGGGGCACAACUGCGACCAGUGCGCCCCCAACCAUUGGAAUUUUGGCACGGACUGGGGCUGUGAACCCUGUGAUUGCCACCCUCAGCAUGCCCUGAGUCCCCACUGUAACAUGUUUACUGGUCAGUGCCACUGUCAGUCCGGCUUUGGAGGGAAGCAGUGCACAGAGUGUGAGCAGCUGCACUGGGGUGAUCCCCGCCAGGAAUGUAAAGAGUGUAACUGCCACCCGCUGGGCUCGGAGUCUGCUCAGUGUGACCACGUGACGGGCGUGUGUGAGUGCAGAGAGGGGGCGACUGGGCGCCAGUGUGACGAGUGCGCCCGCGGCUACAGCGGCGCGUUCCCCAAGUGUGUGCCCUGCCACCCCUGCUUCCAGCUGUGGGACGACAUUGUGUGCCAGCUCCGCCGCGACCUCGACCACAUCCGGAACAAGGUCGACAUGAUCCUGGAGACGGGCAUAAUGCCAGGUGUGAGUGAUGCCCGCAUCCAGGACCUGGAGAGGAAGCUGAAUAGGGUGCGAGACCUGAUCAAGGACGGGGACCACGAGCGGAUUUACUUCCUCGUCGCCCAGUCCGUCGAUGACCUGAGGGCAGAGAUAGCUUUGACAGACGGACGUUUGAUGGCAACAACCAAGGACCUGAAUCAGGUGAACGAAAAGGACAGACACUUGAGACAGAACUUGACCAGCAUGGAGCAGGAGCUCAAAGACCUGAACGCCACCCUGGCCAGCCAUCGCAGACAGGUGGAGGACUACCUCAGCGGAGGGUUCGCAGAUCAGUUUGAGAAAGUGAAGCGCUACUACCGGGAGUCCCAGGAGGCCGAGCGGCAGUGCAACGCGUCCGUGUCGGGCCCCGAGAGCCCCGUGGGGGAGUCCCGCCGCACGCGCACAGAGACCGAGGACCUGCUGGACAAGAGCAGAGACCGCUUCCUGCGCACAGUCGCCGCCCACAAGAAGUCCCUGUCCGAGCUGGACACCAAAGCCCACGAGGUGGACAGGAAGGUCCACCACCUCAGUCAUAAGGUGUGUGGUGGCCAUAGCAACGCCAGUGCCAAUGGGAGCUGCCCAGACAGCCCGUGCGGGGGCGCUGGUUGCCGUGACGAGGAGAACCAGCGGGUGUGCGGUGGAGCGGGCUGUAACGGCACCAUGAGUGCUGCCACCGGGGCGCUGGCACUGGCCAAAGACGCCAGCGGCAACCUGACAGUUAUCAGUUCAGAACUGCAGAGCAUGUCCAAGAAGCUUCAUGAUGUUCUACUGAUGACUCAGGACGUGAAGACCCAAGCCAUGACUACUUUGGUUAAAGCCCGGGAGAAGAAGGACACCUUUGUGAAAAACAACAAUGACCUCAAAGACUUCAUUCAGAAGAUCAGAGACUUUUUGACCGAGGAAGGAGCUGAUCCCGAGAGCAUUGAGAAGGUGGCCCAGCAGGUCCUGGCUAUCUCCCUGCCGGUGAACAGGACAAUCAUGGACAACCUGGUCGACCAGAUCAAAGACAUCAUUGUCAAUCUGACAGACGUGGAGGCCGUGUUCAACCGCACCUCUGAGGAGCUUCAGAAGGCCAAGGACCUGCUGAACAGAGCACACGAUGCCAAGGGUCGGGCUGAGGGGAUCAAAGAUGCGGUUAAUGAGACCAAAACCGCCCUGAGUGCCUCUGAGAAGGCCAUAGAGAAAGCCAAGAACGCAACAGAGACGGCCAUGAACAACCUCAACAGCACCAGAGAAGCCACUGCCACGGUGGAGGAGAAACUAGCUGAGUUGGAGGGGAAGCAGAUGGACGCCAUGAUGCGAUUGGCCAGGCUUUCUGAGGAGAUCGAGGCACUGAAGAACAAAACUGAGCUGAACAGGGAGAUGGCCAAUGAGGCCAAGGCCCAUGCAGACAACGCCACAGAGGCAGCCGACGGACUGAAUGAGGGUCUGAGCGAGGCAGAGGAGCUCUACGACAAGCUGACCAAGAAGGUGGAAUCCCUGGGUGGCAGCGCCGCAGGCAACAUCAACCAGAGGGCCCAAGACAUGAAGAAAGAGGCCGAGGACCUGCUGAGGAGAGCCACUACUGGUCUGGACAAGUUAAAGAGCCUUGAGAAGAAGUUUAAGAGGAACGAGCGGAAGAUGCAGGAGCAGCGUAACGAGCUGACGGAGCUGGAGCGCAACGUGACCAAAGUGAGGGAGCACAUCCGAGAGCAGGCUCAGAGAUACAGCCAGUGCACUUAAACCACACACCCCCCCCCCAAUGCUGCUACUAGCCAAUCAGCACCUCAAGACACAGCAGGAGACCACAACUCUUAACGGACUAGAAUGUUACCACUUAAAGCCAGUGUUGUCAUACUGUUGACAUAGUCAAGGGAUUUUACCCUGUAUUGUUAUAUGUACUGUAAUGCCACAAUGUAAGCUUCCCAAAAUGAUACUGACACAACAGAAUAAGUUGAUUCUUAGUUUGAUUUAUUUUUUCUAUAAAUCAAAGACUUGAAAUGCCAGUUUAGCCAACCACACGUCUUCACUUUUAUGAUACACUGGACGCUGGGUAACUGGGAAUGAAAAGCUAAUUAGCUGCUGAUAAGUUUAGAUGAAACCACAGAGAGGUGAGGGCAGGGGAUAGCUAGGGAAGGGGCAGGGACGUACACCGUUAAGAAAUCAUCAAUCAUAACUUCCCAUGCUCAUACUAAUACGUGUUUGUUUGUCUGCUGUACAUGUGACUGAAACAUAAGAUUGUGUAUGCCAGGGUAAGACAGUAGGCCUUUUUCUUUUCUCUGACCUACUCUGGAUGUGUAUUGUAUGAGUGCAGUAAUAUUACAAUGUGGUGUUUUUGCCAGUGUCCCGAGCAGUGAUGCACUUCACACGUCACUGAUAUAUGUAUGCAGUAAAUGAGAUUUACCUGAGGUUUUUUCCUGUGGGGAAUAUAUGUUUGAGGAUAAAAAAGUAUCAUAAAGGGGGGUUUAAAUGGUUUUCAUUCAUACUUUUAUAUAUAUAUUUUUUUCCAUUACAUUCCCAAAUGCACUUGAAUAAUAUUUCAAUUCUAAAAAAGAUUGCUGAGUACUCCUACAGCAAAUGACUAUAGAAAUGGGUACAUAGUCAACAUUGUGUUUUACACUGCAGACAUUCUAUGUCAAAGAAUAAAGAGAGAAUCUGUGUGAGACCAAAAGGAAGGCCAAGCAAGCCACCAGCGAGACACACACACACACACACACUCACACACACUCACACAAACACACUCACACAUAUAUUUAGGUAUGAACACUUCAACACAAAUAAGUUCAUAUACAUUUCUGCUGUUUAAAUGUCACUCAAGGUUUAUGAAAAAUAAAUGAAUAUGCCUGUUGGAUAA